AACAGUUUUCGUUUGCCGGCUGUUUGCAACGCAUUUCUUUUGAGUGGUAUCCGUAUCGUUUCUUGUCGCACUUGUCGCUGAUUUCGAUUUCGAUUUGUUUUGUUUUGUCGUUUGUCGGUGGGCGCGCAACACAACAAUAAAUAAAUAAAUAAAUAAAUAAACGCGAUAUAUGUACAUAAAUAAAGACAUACGCGAGUGCGAGUAAUAUAAAAAUACUUGAGCAGUUGGAGAAGUGAGCGAUUCCUUAAAGGACCGCUUGAAAGCUUGUCUCUUGUGCUAUGGCCGUUGAAAUCACAAACUCAAUUUUGACACUACAACCCGCCGUGGAGCUGGAGGCAUUAUUGCCGCCACAAUCGUUUCACUGGCAGCUCGAGGACUAUGCAUAUUUUCAUAAGUGCGGGGAAAUCACAACAUCGCCGGACGUGCAAUGCUUUGGCUUCAAUUGCGCCUUUUGCCCGGCCAUUUGUCUGCAGUUCUCGGUCUUCAUCGAUCACAUUCGUGGCCAUCACAUGCAGGACAUGCGACGCCGAUACGAAGUGGCCGAUGCCAAAAUCGAGCAAACAACGCAAACCGAUUUCAAUCUAAUGCUAAUGGACAUGCACAUGGACAGCGAUGUAGUUGAAACAGCGACCACAGCAAAUGCGCGCCUCGAUAAACGUAUGAAGAAAUCCAACUGGACUGAUACAAUGGGUACAAUGGGGUCGACCGACGCCACAGUGGGGUUGUUGGACGUGGACAUGGGCUUAGACUUGGCGGGCAUUGUGCAGACUACACCACAGACACCAGGAGGCAACACCAAUAGCAACAACAACAACAGUAAUGUGACGACACUUAUGCAGCUAAGCAACGCAGGUACAACAACUGCGAACGCGAACGCGACCACAACGACGACGACGACGAUGCCAGCCGAAAUAGACUUCGUUUAUGUUAUGGAAAAUCCAUUGCCACCCUCGCCGCCGCCAUCGGCUGACAUUUCGAGUGACGAGCAACAGAGUCCACGAUUGCUGCACUCAAUGGAUCCAUUUGAAAUGUUGCAUGAGGAAAACACAGUACAGCACACAACACACACAACGACAACACCUCAGCUCACACAUAUACAACAACAACAACAACACACACAAGCACAGUCAACGCUGGAGGCAUGCUCCAGAGGCGCCCUUAAUGUUGCUGUCUCUUCUGCAACGCCGCCGCGCUACGAAACGCGACGCGUGGCCUUGCAACGCAAACUGCGCGACGCGGAAACCGCAAAGACUGCAGAAGACGAACAACAAUUGCAGCUGCAACAACUACAACAAUUGCAACUUGAAUUACAAGAGCAUCAGCAGCUGGAGGAGAAUGUGCUGGAACUGACGCCGCCAGCAACGCCACCGACUCCAGUGCCGCCCACUUCGCCCACAAGCAGCGUCGCCAGCAGCAUUGACUUGAAGUUGCGCACGCGUCGAGAACUCGAGCGUAAUCGCGAAUUCGUCUGCUCUUUAUUGCUCGCCUAUGAGCGCAAUGAGAAACUCUGGAAUCCCAAGCAUCCCGACUACAAAUACAAUGCCAAGCGCAGUGUUUACGGUGAAUUGGCUGCACCGCUUGAAGCUGUCUUCCAGAUACCGCUGACUGGUGCCGAGAUCUUUGCCGUGCUCAAGGAACUACGUGGACGCUAUCGACGCGAGCUGAGCAAACUCAACACGUUGGGCGCCAAGUACAAGUCGCGACUGUGGUUCUUUGAAAAGAUGCAUUUCCUGCGCGGCGUCAUCGAACACAAACGCGCCGAAAGGGAAGCAAAGAGCGAGUUGACAGAAAGCGAAAAGUCCAGUGAGACGGACAACGAGUCGACCACAAAGUCACCGCAAUUUCGCGAGGUGCUCAGCUGCAUCAUUGACGCCUUUCGACGACAGGAGAGUCUGUGGAAUCCAAAGCACUUUGACUACAACAACUGCUGCAAGAAGGAGCUGUAUCGUGAGAUCUCCGCCGAGCUGCUCGAGGAGCUGAACUAUGAGAUGAGUGGCGAGGAGUGUUACAAGGAGAUUCAGAAGUUGCGCACACGCUAUCGCAAGGAACUCCGUAUGGUGAUCAAGCACAAGGGAUUGUAUCUGCCCAAGCUCUGGUGUUACGAUGAGCUGGAGUUUUUGCACAAAAUACUGCAGGAGCAGAUCUUCAACAAGAUCAGCAAGAAAAAAGGCGUGGUGGAGACGAAUCAGAAGACCAAAUUCAUCGACGCCAACUGCAUCAGCUUCAGCACGGAAGAGGAUCAGCUGCAGUUUGUGGAAAUCUAUCGAAAUUAUCCUGCCCUGUGGGAUGUGGAUCAUCCCGACUUUCGUUCCAAUGCCUAUCGCAAUCAGGCAUUGAGUCAAAUGCUAGAAGAGCUAAACACAACAUUUCAAUGCUCCUCUACCUCAGCUCAGCUGGAGAAGACGCUGUUUGAGUUACGCAAAGAUUUCUCAGCACAGAAAAGGAAAAUUCUAACCAAUGCCACUGGCUCUUCGAGCAUUUCACUGCUGCACGCCAAGCUCGGAGAAUAUCUCGACCAAAACAUUGGUCCCUUUCGCUGUGGAGUGUGCAAUGAGCUGAUCAAAACCUGUGAUCAGUACAAAGUGCAUCGAGCUGGGCACGAUGGCACACAGCCAUUUAUUUGCACACUGUGCGGCAAGGGAUUCCAGAUGCCAUGCAACCUGACGGUGCACAUUCGUCGCCAUCGCCGCGACUUUCCCUAUGCCUGCGAGCAGUGCGACAAGCGAUUUGCCACAUCCACCGAGGUGGCCAUCCACAUGCGCACACACACAGGGGAACGUCCCUACAUCUGUGAUCUGUGUGGCAAGUCGUUUAAGACGUGGUCAUUCUUCGACAUCCAUCGGCGCACGCAUCUCAAUCAGUCAACGUUCCAUUGUCCCAUUUGCGAUAAGGGUUUCUAUGAGAAGAAUCGCUUUACCGAUCACAUGAAUGCCCAUCUCAACAUUCGCAAGCAUUUAUGCACCGUUUGUGGCAAGACCUUUACCACAUAUGGCAAUCUGAAGAAGCACACCGAACUUCAUCUGGCCGUGAAGAAGUACAAGUGUGCGGCUUGUGGCAAACGCUUUGCUCAGUUCGCCAGCUUGCGUUGGCAUCGAAAACGCGAGCACAACACCGAACAGAAGGAGGAGGAAGAACACGUCGUCGCUGAGGUGGAGUCAUAAACUACAGAUGAUUUAUUAGCCACGUACUUAAAGAGAGUUAAUCACUGUAACGCGUGUACUUAUCACAACGUGCAAAUAUCAAUAGAGCAAUCUAUGAACAGUUAUAUUUAAGCCCUACUUCAUGUCCAGAAGGAAACUGUUGACUCACAUAAACAGCUGCUGUAUUUCUUCGCCUAAUCGCUAAUCAAACGCUUAAUUCAUCGUUAAAUAAUUGAUGUUAUAAAUUAAGUAGUUUUAUGGCCCACUGGCGAGUUCAAUUGAAAUACUCGUACGCGUAUAACCGAUAAGAUUUACAAUACACAUAUUGAAAAUGAUAACCUAUUAAGUGACCAACAGCAACAAUAAACCCAAAACACUUU